UUGCUGAGUAGGAUAGCGGGCCCACUCACACAUCAUAAAACCAAGCCAGCUGCCAGUAUGGUAACGACCCAACAAUCAAAGAAACAUCAGAGAGAGAGCUGAGGAUUGAACCGCCAUUGUUACGUUGUUGUAAGCUAUCUACCCACAGGAACAGUGCAUAUAUACAUAGUUUCUUUCAGUUUUCUGAUCUGAUCAUCAUCCAUAGCGAAGAUGAACUACUGGAAAGAUAAGGUUCUCCCUAAGAUCAAGAAGGUUUUCGACAAGAACGGCCCCAAGAAGGCUGCUGCUGCUGAGGCUUGCAAGGCUUUCGAUGACUCCAAGGAGCAGUAUGGGAAGGAGUUUGAAGACAAGAAGACUGAACUUCAACCCAAAGUUAUCGAAGUCUAUGAAGCUUGCUCCGCUGAGAUAAAGGGUUUGGUAAAAGAGCCAAAGGACUCCGGGCUGAAGAAGCACUCAGCUGCUGUUCAGAAGCUCCUGGAUGAGCUUGUCAAGAUCGAUUUUCCGGGAUCAAAGGCGGUGAGCGAGGCAUGUACGAAGUUGGGGCCGGCGUACGUGUCGGGACCGGUUUUAUUCAUAUUUGAGAAAGUGUCCGUGCUGAUCCCGGUGGAGGAGAAGAAGGAGGAGGAGGCGGCGCCGGCGCCGGCGGAGGCGAAGGAAGAAACAAGCAGGGAAGUUGAGGUGAAAGCGGAGGAGAUAGCAGCGGCCGCUGAGGAAGAACCAAAGGCGGCUGAAGCUCCACCGGCGGCUAAGGCUGCUCCGGCUACAGAAACACCCGCCGCCGCCGUCGCCGCCGCCGAACCACCGAAGGCGGAAGAGAAACCAGAACCCGCCGCCGAGCCACCCAAAGCUUGAUCGUUGCAACAGGUGAAUAUAGUCAUCAAACUGUUAAUUUGCUCCGGGAAGGGACUUUUGUGCAAAAAAAGAAAAAAGAAAAAAAGAUUCAAUUUGUGUUGUGAGAAGACAAAACAUUGUACUCUGUUAAUUAUUAUUCUUUAUAUUUAUUCGUGAUUAUAUAUAUGUAUAAUAUAAAUUCUAUUUCUCCUUUGGUACUUGAAUUCUUCCCUUGUGUACUAUAAUGCUUCAUCAAAUUAUUAUUU